GCUUCAAGUCACAAUCAGCCCAGUUCGAUCGGCAACGGGAGCGGAGGAAGGUGCGCUGUGAGAGCCCGAAGGCUGCAGCCCCCAUUGCCACCGGCCCAGGUUACCAUCUAGCACCGGGAAACACACUUGAAAACCCACCGACGGCACCAGUUCUAAAUUACCAACGAGAACCGACCAUGAGCAGCGAGGUCGAAUCACAACAACAGCCACCACAGCCUGUCGUUGAAGAUGAGAGCUCAUCCAGCCCGGCAGCCGCUACUACCGCGGGGGAUAAUAAGAAGGUUAUUGCAACAAAGGUCUUGGGUACAGUCAAGUGGUUCAACGUAAGAAAUGGAUACGGUUUCAUCAACAGGAAUGAUACGAAAGAGGAUGUUUUUGUCCAUCAGACUGCAAUAAAGAAAAACAACCCAAGGAAGUACCUGCGUAGUGUUGGAGAUGGAGAGACAGUGGAGUUCGAUGUGGUGGAGGGGGAGAAGGGUGCAGAGGCCGCGAACGUCACCGGGCCAGGGGGGGUCCCAGUCCAGGGGAGCAAGUACGCCGCAGACCGCAAUCGCUACCGCCGUUACCCGCGGCGCCGGGGCCCUGCUCGUGACUACCCGGAGAGUUACCAUAGCGACGGGGAGGGGGACGACCAGGGGGGCCCAGAGGGUGGUGCGGACAGCGAGCCGCAGCCCGUACAGCAACGCCGGCCCGCCUUCCCCGGUCGCCGCCGCUACCCACCGUACUUCGUUCACCGCCGUUAUGGCCGCCGGCCCACCUACAGCACAGCGCCACAGCGGGGGGAGGUGACCGAGGGAGGUGAAGAGGAGGAGAACCAGUCUGGCCCAGAACAGAGCGCCAAACCAGCGAGGCAGAACUACUACCAGGGGUUUCGGCCAAGGUUCACAGCCAGGGCGCCCCCCCGUCCCAGACCACCGCGGGAUGCUGAGGAGGAUAAGGAGGCCCAGGACACUUCCCAGCGUCGCUACCGCCGCAACUUUAACUACCGGCGCAGGCGCCCGCAGGCCACCUCUGCCGGCACGAGGACCCAGGAGGGCAAGGAGAACAAGGUGACCAGCAGGGCGCCAGAGAAGCCACCUGCUCCCGACGCCGAGCAGCAGGGCGGCGCCGAGUGACACGCAUCGGCUGACCGUCUCUACCAUUAUCCGGCUGUCAGAAUGAACCACUGAAGAUCUGAGCAAUAAGGAGCAGAUUUGACUCGACAUCGAAAGCUUGCAGCUUGCACCAUGACCAGAAUCCCACCAAUUUGCCUGCAAAACCUAUGCAGCUCAAUUUUUUUUCCUUUAAUUUUAUGUAACAGGUCAAUUUUUUUUCCCAAAACGGCAGACUUUUCUAAAAUCGGUCUUAAGUUUUUACACAAGUUUUUAAAAGACAAGUAAUUUGAUAUCUGGUCAAUUUGACAUUUUUAAACUUUUUAUGUGUACAACAUGAAUUUUAACAAGGCAAGCGCAAAUAAAAGUCAAAGGAAGAAUCGUA